UUGGUCGCUCCCGUGUUGUCAAUGGGCGGCUCACAUUUACCACCCUGGCGAUGGAGGGAGCGUUACUGAAAUGGACCAACUACCUCUUGGCCAGGAAGAGAAUCCAGGAGUCCUGCUUCCUGGCCCGUUGCUCGAAGAACUAGACCCCACGCCCUCCCAGGGCUGGAAAUAGAACCCAGGAGUCCUGGCUCCAUGCUGACCCUCGCGUGAGCAGGGCUGCUGUGCGCCAGGCGGCAGCCGUGGGAGCUGGGCUCCCUGGAGGAGAGAAGCGCCCUGGCAGGCAUUAGGCGGGUGACUGGCCUGGCCUUUCCCUUCCCCUCUAGGUUGGCAGCCACGGUACUUUGUCCUGGACAGCGGCAUCCUGUCCUACUAUGACUCUCAGGACGACGUGGGCAAAGGCAGCAAGGGCAGCAUCAAGAUGGCCGUCUGUGAGAUCAAAGUGCACCCCACUGAUGCCACGCGCAUGGAGCUGGUGAUUCCCGGGGAGCAGUAUUUCUACCUGAAGGCAGGGGGUGCUGCGGAGAGGCAGAAGUGGCUGGUGGCCCUGGGCAGCUCAAAAGCCUGUUUGGGCGAAAGUAGGAGCCAGAAGGACAAAGACAUGCACCUGAGCAGCGAGUCCCUGGGCCGGAAGCUGUCAGAGCUACGGCUGUACUGCGAUGUGCUGACUCAGCAGGUCUUGGACGUCCAGGAGUCCACGCGGCCCCAGGACAACGGCACCCCGCUCGAUAUUGAGAAGAUGAAUGAAGCCGCCUCCCUGCUCAAAGCCACCUGCAGCCAGUUCAUCUCCACGCUGGAGGAGUGCAUGAAAUUCGCCAACGCCCGCCUGGCACCUGAGCUCUACCAGCCCUCGCCAGCCCCCCUGCCCCAGGACUUCGUGGGCACCAAACUCCCGCACUCCCAUAGAGUGAGACGCUCCCUCAGCCACACGGGCAUCGUGUCCCCCGACAGAGGGGCGGAGCCGCCCCGGCCCCCGGUGCCGCCGCAGAAGGGCGCCGUGACGGUGGUGCGCAACCUGGAGGAGAUGGUGAUGUUCCGCUCGCAGCACUGGAGCCAGCAGGGCCCCGCGCCCGACAGCCCGGUCGGCACCAUCGUGGAGGAGAGGGAAGAGGCCCCGCUGCCCACGCAAGAGUCCCCGGUGGAAUCGGCUGGCGGUGAUAAGCGGGAGUGAGCGGCACCAGGAUCCGGGCGCUGCCUCUGCCUCACACUGGGGGCUUUGGAACAUCCCUGGCCCAGCCCCAUGGGAGCACGGCCCUUCCCUGUGCUUGGGAGCUGCCAGGGACCAGCAGAGAACAACGGGACUGUGUUCUCCCCCCAACCCCCACUCCUCAGGCUGGCCCCCAACUGCUUCCCCCCUCGCCCAGCGCUGGUCCCAGCUCCGGAGGGGCGGUGCCCUUCUGGGAAGGGAGUAGUGUCUAGCAGGUAGAGCAGGGGACUGGGCAUCAGGAUGCUUGAGUCCUGUGACCCGGGGUGGGUCACCUCCACUCUCUGCGGCCAUUUCCCCGUCUGCACGGGGGAGGGUCUGGAAAUGGUUUGGCUGUGCAGGCGGAAGAGGCCAGGGGGGCACUGCAGGGUGGCAUUGCUCAGUGGGUGCCAUGGAUGGUGAGAAUGCAGGCUCUCUGGGAUGAGGGGACCGAGCCCCCAGCCUGGGGUGGGGCAGAGGGGGCCUUGUCCCGGGAGCAGAAGAGAAACAUUCUCCUUGGUGCUGAUCUCCCCUGGGCUUGGCGCCCUGGCGCCUGUGUUGGCCUUACGCCCGUCUCUGGGCAGGGGGAAAUCUGCUGAGCAUGGAACCCCCUCUCUGCUCCCCAGCCCAAGGAGCCCAAACACCAGCACCAGCUGCCCCGGCCUCUUGUCCCCUCCCCCUUGCUGUGAUGCUGGGCGUGAUACCAUCCGCGCAGGAGUGGGGGGGGACCCGGCGUGUCUGCGAUCACCAGCCAACACAGUAUUAGAGCUUCAGAGAGCCAGCCAGUGUGCUGGGGCUAAUGGCCAAAUGUGAUCCAGCAGGAUCCUCUGUAAUCCGUGGGUGCACAGCCAGUGUCCCCACUGUGUGGUGUGUCGGGGGAGAGCUCUCCCUGCCCCGGGAAUAGUACCGCUCCCUAGAAAUGGGGCUAAGAGGAGAUCUUGCUCUUCUACCCCUCGUGCCCAGUUUGGUGCCAUGGUGCAUCAAGCCACCUCUUACAGCCAGGCUUCACCCAUCGGGGCUCUCUCUUCACGUUCUCGCCACGGCCUCUGGAUCCAGCAGGCAGGUGAGAAGAGGCUGGUUCCGACGAUCUGGCAGAGCGCCUCCCUCUGGCCAGUUCCCGGCCAUGCCCCGCUGACGGUUCAAGCCAAGGUCAGAAGUGAGAGCCCAGCUGGCUCUCCUGCUGCAGGGGCUGCUGGGAGUAAAGCCUACCUCUCAUCUCAGGGACAGUAGAUGCAGAGAUGAGGAGAAAGAUGGUGCCAAGGGAGGGUUGGCUCCUCCCACCCGGACUUCACCUGAGUCAGGUGACUACACCCAAUGCUAACCUCUUUGAACACUACAGCAAGGAUGUGGCCGAUUCUAAUGGAGGUGCAGAACUGUCCCUGCUCUCGUCCUCUGGCUCUCUGUCCUUUGACACAGGAUUUUUGUACAGACGCGUCGUCAGGUUGGGGCUGUCCUUUUGCUGAGGGAAGCAGCCGUUUUUGCGGAGAGCUCUGCCAAAGAUCAGGCCUUGCAAUAAAGACUCUAAUUUUGAAACAAU